GCCAAACAAACGAUUAAAUUUUUGUUCUUUCCUUUAUCUGAACGAUCUCGGAGUGGGGAGAUUUACAAUUAUCAGUUAUCAAAUCGCAACAAUAAUCUUAAACGUUAGUCUAAUUGUUCCUAGUGUCACAACACGAUAAAAAAUUCAAGUGAGCGGACCCCAAGAUGCUUCUCCACUUCUCACGGUCGCGCCAGGAAAAAUGAGCAGUUUCGCCAAUCCGCCGAAGAAAAUUCAUCGCAACAGUGGCAGCUGACGAUAAAUUCGAGUGAUGAAGACUUUUAUCUACGCGAUAAUCCUAGUAUUUUGCUUAGGGAUUGCGGCAACAAACGACACUCAGACGAAGAAGCGUCACAGAAGGUACAUAAUUUUGGCACGGCCGACAGUCAACGGCACUGAGCAAUGUGCCAGCUCUUCGGAGGAUUUCCCCUCAAUGUUCACCGAAACUCAGGUGGAAAAAGGCGGAAUUAUCCUUGUCUUCUGUAUCGGAAUCUACUGCUUUACUCUUCUGGCGAUCAUCUGCGAUAACUAUUUUCUACCCUGUGUGGAGAAAAUCUGCGAGGCACUUAAUUUAUCUCAUGACGUGGCAGCGGCAACCUUCAUGUCCGUGGCCACCUCAACACCCGAACUAUUCGUCAACAUAAUCGGCACUUUUAUCACGGAAUCGGACAUCGGCAUCGGCACCGUGGUCGGAUCCUCCCUUUUCAAUACUCUCGGAGUUGCGUCCCUUGGAAGCUUGGCCGCUUCGACUCCGGUGCAACUUCACUGGUGGCCCAUCAGUCGCGAUGUUAUCAUUUACAUCUUGUCGAUCCUCCUGCUGGUGGGCAUCACAUGGGAUGGGUAUAUUUAUUGGUACGAAGGGCUGGUUCUGUUCCUCGUUUACUUUAUCUACUUCACGGUGAUGUUUCAAAAUGUGAGGAUAUCGAACUUUGUGCUGCGACUGAUUAAGCGGGGCAAUAAAGUCAGCGAUUGCGAGAAAGGGGCUGCGGCGACGCCGAGAAGGAUGAGCAUUGCCGUGGUCUCGUCCUAUGGCUCCUAUGCCGAGGAGCAGAUUAAUAAGUACACGGAGACGAAGAAUAUUGCGGAGACGGCGACUGAAGAAGAAAGCUUCUCGCUGUUCCGAAUGCCCAAAGGUUCCAUCUGGAAAAAGGCCUUCUUCUACUACUCCUGGCCGAUAAAAUUCAUCCUUUUCUGCACCGUCCCGGACCCUAUGCGCUACCCGAAACUUUUCCCCGUCACCUUCAUCCUGUGCAUUUUCUGGAUCGGCUCAAACUCGUACAUAGUAUCCUGGAUGAUCGCGAUUAUAGGCAAUAUGUUUAAAAUACCGGAUGCGGUGUUGGGUUUAACUUUCCUGGCAGCCGGCGGUUGUCUUCCCGAGGCGAUUUCGAUCACGAUCAUGUCGCGGAGAGGUGAGGGAUCAAUGGGCGUGUCGAAUUCGCUGGGCGCCAACACUAUGAACAUCCUGCUUUCGCUGGGAAUGCCCUGGUUCCUGAAGACCAUCGUUAUGGGGACGGACGAGCAGGCGUUCAUACGAAUCAGUUCAGGGUCUUUAGAAUUCACAAUUUCGGCCUUGAUUCCAGUCGCGAUCAUCCUCUACCUCACUUUCUACUUCAACAAAUUUCAGAUGUGCCGGAAAGUCGGUUUUAUUCUCAUCUCGGUGUACACGGUCUGUAUCAUUUUGGCGAUUUUGGGCGAGAUGGUGUUUUCCGAUUCGGGAACUUGUCCGACUUCUAGCUAGGAAAACGUUGUAAAUAAAUUAUUUUAAGUGUAACUUGUUGAUUCUAAUAAAUUUUUAUACGAAGA